UUUCGACUUUUAUUGGAUUAAAUUCCGAUCAAGAAAAAAAUCCAAUCAUUUUCAUUGAUAUUCUGCUAAAAUGCUAUCUGAAUGUCGAAGGAUGUAAAGAAUCCAAUCUGCUCAUCGAACGAUGGACAUUAAAGUCAUCCAAAGAUCUACAAACGAACAAGCGGUUGACAAUGGCAGAUUUUUUGGAAAAUUAUUUGCGGAAUGGGGAAAUUUCCAAGUUUAUCGAUCGUAAUGUAAUACCAAAUUCUUCAUUGCAUUUGUCAUUUGAGAAUUCCUCGUCUCAUCGAUUUAUAAACGAAGCAAAAAAACUUGAUUUUCCCGUAAUUUCGGAUGAUUCUUGCCUUCUUUAUGUUCAAGUUGAGUGGCUUCCGCUUCGUAGAAAUUUGAUUAAAUGCAGAAACGUUUUUCAUUAUCAUAAAUCCAGUUUUGAGAAUACAUCAGAAAGCCAAAUUAUUAUUUUUACACCAAUUCAUGAGUUCAAUGAGAACAAAACUGAUAUUAAACGCCCCAAUAUUUCUAAAAGCACCGAAUCAAGUCAACAAGAAGACAAACAUUUUGAUUUUAACGACUCUUAUUCUUUUAAGAACGAAAAAAGUUAUUCUUUCAAUUUUCAGUCUCGGUGUUCUGGAGAAUUGAGUAAUCAAGGGAUUGAAUAUGAGUCACCAAUUCGCUUUUUUGACAAACCAUUGGGUCGAAUGAGCUUUUCUUCAAGUAAAAUGAGAUUGAGUCCAGUUUUAUAUGUCUUUAUAUGUAUUUAG